UUGAACGCAGAGUGACUUUAGGACCCAGGAAGAGACAACCAGGGGGCGCGUCAGUCUGUUUAAUCUGACCACAGAACCUGUAAGCUGACUUUUGCUUCCUCUAUGACACUUCAUAUGUUCCGUCACAGCAGUUCCUUGAUGUAAGAGUCGCGAUAGAGAAGUGCACUGCAGUGCCACCAUUAACACCAGACACCACCAUGAUCCGUGGACAGAGCCCUUUGUGAUCUGACAUGCCUGUGAAGGAAACCCUAUCCCAGGCAGCGAACAGCCAAUCAUGGAGCAGCAGGCCUGGAUUCUGAGGAGCAUCCUGACCCAGCUGGAGAGUCAGGAGGCUGCGGAUGAGGGGGCACCAAAUUGUAUUGCUGGGGAGUUUGCGAGGCUGAAAAACCAGUCGACAAAGUAUCGUAUUGACAAGGUCUUCUCCACCAAGACUGCAGAAAAGCAAGAAAAUAUCAAGAAGAAUCGAUACAAGGACAUUGUUCCCUUUGACCACACCCGAGUAAAGCUCACUCUCACCACAUCCAAAAAAGACUCAGACUACAUCAAUGCAAGUUAUAUUAAGGGAGUUUCAGGACCCAGGGCGUAUAUUGCUACUCAGGGUCCGCUUCAACACACACUGGUGGACUUUUUACGGAUGAUUUGGGAAUAUAACAUAAAUGUUAUUGUCAUGUCCUGUCGAGAAUUUGAAAUGGGAAAGAAAAAGUGUGAAGUGUACUGGCCACAAAAACAAGAAGAUACGUUUGUAUGCGAGGCUUUUACCGUCCACUGUGAUUCUGAGGAAAGUAAAGGAGACUAUAUUACAAGGACGUUAAGGUUGACUUAUCGCAAUUGUAGCCGAACCUUGAAACAGCUGCAUUACAUCAACUGGCCGGAUCACGGCGUACCAGACACCAUCCCACCCAUUCUGGACAUGCUGCAUGAAAUGCGCUGUUACCAGCCGCAUGACGACAUCCCCAUAUGCAUCCACUGCAGUGCUGGCUGUGGAAGAACAGGGGCCCUGUGUGUCAUUGAUUAUACAUGGAACCUCCUCAGGAGUCAGAUGAUCACGUCAGACUUUAACAUCUAUAACUUAGUUCAAGACAUGAGAACCCAGAGGCCAUCUGUAGUUCAAACAAAGGAACAAUAUCUGCUCGUCUACAGAACUAUCAGGGAACUGUUUCAGAGGUAUUUGCAAACUAUGGAGACACAAAGCUGCAACACAGAGGUGACGAUGCUUCAAUCAGCCGUUGCUGCCACAAGUGAAAAUGAUCUCUCUGACGAGAGUGAGGAGGAGCUUGACUUAACCCCACACCAUCAACACCUGCUUGAAGAAGAGAGGGGUUAUUUCCAGCAAUACAAUUCUCCUAUGGUUCUGGCUUCAGAAAAUCUUACUGCCCACAAAUACAAAGACUUACACUGGGGCCAGCAACAAUAUAACCCAUUCCACGUCACACCAGAGGCUGUGAAUGCAACACAGGACUUGCAUGAGAGACUGAACAACUCUCCUAAACUCCUUCAUACCAGCUCUGCUGUGUUUACAGCGAACGAGAGCAUGCCAAACAAAGAUAACACCUCUAUACCGAAUUCUUCAUCUUCACCUGUUGUACCUGAGGCUGUGUGUCUGAUGGUGGAAGACCCCUAUUUUGACACUCCUUUGAGUUCCCCUUCAUCCGAAGAGGCUCUAGUGGACGAAGAAGACUCCAAAUGGACGUGCAGUCCACUCUUCAGCGCACCUUCUUUACUCUUGAAUGACCAGAACAUGGAGCCCAGCUCUCCAACCUCAGUUCCAGCAGAUGAUGAGGCGCCUCCACCUUUACCCGAACGAACCCCUGAAUCCUACUUCCUGGCUGAGGAAGAAGAGCUGGCAGAUCCAUGUGAAAGGUUGUCGGUUAUCUUUCCACCAAAUGUUGCUGCUGAACCAAUAAGGGAGCAGGCAGGAAGUCCCCCAUCACCUGCCCCGCCGCUUCCAGAGAGAACCCCAGAAUCAUUUGAAUUAGCCUCUGAUCCAGUUCCUGUCACAGCUCAGGCAAGAGUGCCACUGGCAGUGAACCUGAGCGUAAUAGGAAUGUCUUCAGAGUGGUCGGGAACUUUGACUCCAGAAAAUGCAGUUCAACAGGAAAAACCAUUUGUGCGAAGCAAGAGCCUCAGAGCUAAAAUGACUCUCUCAGCUCCAACUUCAGUAAUGCUACUUGAUCAAACAAAUUUCCACAAUUCCAGUUCACCUCUGGUCCCUACGACUCCACCACCUCUUCUUCGCACUGAGGACAGUCUGGCAUCACCUGUUGCUAAAAGAAUCCCAGAAUCCUUCCCCCUCCCUGCAGAAACGACUCAAGAGAAAACUUUGCAAUGCCCUCUUUCCAUGGGGUCAACACAGGCCCUUCCAAGGGUAGGAAUGUCAUCAGAGUGGGAUGGCAGCUCCCAACCCAAGAAGUUCCUGGAUGCUGUCAUGAACCGGAGCAAGAGUGUUCGUGCUAAAAGCUCACGCUCAGAGCCCCUCAGUGCAUUUCCGCAGCUCACUCCUCUUCCUGUGGUCGCAGCUGAAGGAGGAAGUGCGCAAGUGGAACAACAGAAUAUAAACCACAAGCCCACCCCAAACAGCGACAGAUCAGGAAGCAAUGCAGACAAAAGCACUGAAAAGAGCAUGUCGAGAUCAAAGAGCCUGAAACUUUUUAGGCAUAAACUGAAACCUAAAACAGACCCUCCACCACCUCCAACUCAGGCUGGAGCUACUUCCACCUCUCAUAGUAGCUCAUUUACUGUGUUUAAAUUUGGAUUUGGGAACCGUUUUGGAAAGCCAAAAGGUCCUCGGAGCUAUCCGGAGACCUGGAUCUGAAGAGACUUGGCCUCAAAAUGAUACACUGCACUACUCGGUGACUUUGGGACAGAAGCAGGUUUAUUACAAAUUUGUCAAGAAAACAUCCGACACAGCAGAAGAAGAGCAAAGAAAAGCCGAAACGAGUUUCUGUGCAGCAGCACCUCCCAUCAGGAAACACACAGGAAGGGCCCAGUCUUUGUGCAAUUUAUAAAGUAAAGCAAAUUUUUAACUACUGAACAGUGCCUUCUACAAAACAAAAAGCAACAUCGACUCAAGUGGGACUUUAAAUAUUUGGAUAUGAGAAACCGCUUGGAGUGAGUUUCUAUAGUUUUAAGUUUUAUUUGUGCUGAAGGCAAAGCCGUUACAUUGUGAUAGGGCUAAAUUUAAAUGUGCCUGUGUGUGAUGAUUGUGAUUGCAUGUAUGCUUUCAGUGUGAAACAGGAAAACGGGUAUAACAAAUCCUCCCUCAUGAGUGCUGCACUUCGCAUCGUUCAGUCCUUCUUCGCCAUAUUAUUUAAAAACAUAUGAUAAAACGGUUAUUCUGAUAAAUAUUGAAUGUCAUGCAUAUGGAUAUGCUGCAACUGCACAUUUAUUUAUUAAAAAAUAUCUCUGCAUUCCAA